GGCGGGAAAAGUUUGAGUCUCUCUCCUGAUUGGCCGGCCGCGUUUUAGAGGGAGUUGCGGGCUCCAAUUAAAGGGACGCGGCGGUCCAGGCGUCCCGCGAGAGGGUGUCGCGGGUUUCUGGCAGGCAGGCAGAGCGAGCGAGUGGCGGCGACCGGGUCCUUUGGCGCCUGCAACACCUUCCGAGUAGCCCCCGUUGUCCGAGGCGGAGGCUGUGUGUCAAGGCGCCUUUGCUUACCAGAGGCAGAUCCAGCUAGGGAGGAGGGAAACCACAGGCAGACGGAGGAAUGGAUCUGAGUUCAGGAAUUCAGAAGGUUUCAAUUAGCCAGCUGCCAUCAGGAAGAGGAGCGCCUUGUUUAAGAUGUAGAGGGAUGUGCUCUGGCUUUGAACCACACUCUUGGAGGAAAAUAUGCAAGUCAUGCAAAUGCAGCCAGGAAGAUCACAGCCUAAACUCUGACGCUGAAGACGACCGGAAAAUUGGCCGUUUGCUCUCUGAUUCGAAAUAUUCUUCACUAACUGCCCGGGUGAAAGGAGGUGAUGGCGUUCGCAUCUAUAAAAGGAACCGCAUGAUCAUCACUAAUCCUAUUGUGUCUCGGAAAGAUCCCACAUUUGACACUGUGACGUAUGAAUGGGCUCCACCUGGACUAACUCAGAAACUGGCUACCCAGUAUAUGGAAAUGAUUUCGAAAGAAAUGCAACCUGUGGCUGGAACAGAAGGAGCUUAUUAUCGUCGCAGGAGGUUGAUGAGACAACUUCCCAUCUAUGACCAGGACCCAUCUAGUUGCCGAGGUCUUUUGGAGAGUGAAGUCAACUUGAUGGAAGACUUUGUAAAGAAAUAUAAAAAUGAAGUACUUGGUGUUGGGGAAGUUGCACUGCCUGGUCAAGGGGGAACCACCAAAGACGAUGGCAAGCAACCUGACAAAAAUGUUCCUGUAAGAGAGGAAGCCGUUUCAACAAAUGGAACACUGGGGGAAGCAUCCAAAGGGCAGGAACUGUUUUGUAACCUCUGCAAGCACCCACUGCCUAUGGAGUGUCCUGUGGUAUACGCAGACCGAGCCAGCUAUGAUCACCAGUGGCAUCCCGCGUGCUUCGUAUGCUGCAAGUGCUCUGAACCACUCGUUGACCUAAUCUACUUCUGGAAGAAUGGCUCCAUCUGGUGUGGACGUCAUUACUGUGAGAGCAUAAGGCCACGCUGUGCGGCCUGUGAUGAGAUAAUAUUUUCUGAGGACUACCAGCAAGUUGAAGGUCUCACCUGGCACAAGCAACACUUUACCUGCCUGGAGUGUGAGGCCUUACUGACGGGCAAGCCAUUCAUCCUGGAUGCGGCCAACCUGUUGUGUACAACUUGCAGUAAAAACAAGCAUCUUUAAACAGCGUGUCACUUCACAAUCUGAAAGCUUUUGUUUUCUGAUGCAGACUAGAUUUGAAUCAAUAUGACAAAUAUGAGGGCGCAGGGAGAGGUCUAAACAAAGAAAACUGUUUCAUGUUGGGUUCAGACCGCCGUGGCUGUUUAUGGUGAAAUAAUUAUAAGACUUGAGAUGACAAAAGAAUUACAUGGUAGGAAAUGCAGUGGAGUGAAAUGUAGAGAAUGCAAUGUUCUAGCUUUCUCUAGAGAGACAUUAACUGUAACCAAAUAGAAUUGAAACCAGGCCUUGUGACCUUUAGUUAUUCAGCAACAGCAUAUUACAAAGGAGCUAAUCCAGGAUGUCUAGAUGUGUCCAGAAGUCUUCAUUUUGCUGCCAGGUUUUCUUGUUACAGAGGGGCUAGAAGUGCAAGCUCCACCAUGGCCCACGCUAACACCAGCCAAAUCUGUGGCUUUAGGAGAUUGUUCGGGGAGAACGAACAUUGUAAUGAGACUCUUUUCAAGUGAAGGUUAUAUUUUAUUAACUCGUGGUUGCAGCAUGCCAGAAUGAAAGACCGUAGAGACAGAAAUGGGUCUGUGCAGAAUAAAUGGAGCAAGCCUAUGAUGGAACUCAUGCACACGUGCGCACACACACCAGCUCUAGCUAUAGUCUGAGAAAAGGAUUAUGAGAUGGAUAAAUAGGUCGAAUUUAUUUAUGUUGGGUUAAGAAAUUUUUCAUCCCUGGCACCAAAAUGAUCGUAAUGCUCCGUUUUCAAACUUUAAAAAUCUCCCCUGUACAGUAAUCCAUAUGGAAGGAAUCAUGGGUAGAUAACAUCUCUGUGCACUUCAACAGCUGAUGUUCUGGAAAAUACACUAGUUCCUUUCAUACCCCUACCACAAAUGGCAGGAAGAAACAGUGAGAGCUGAAGUGCCAGGAUAAAAGCAUUUCCACCAAUAUUACCUCCUUACACUUCCCAGGGUAUCUGUGGCAAUAGGACUAGUCCAUUUGAAUGAAUUUUAAAAUAUGGGAAUUGCAGCAACUGUGUUGUCCAGGGGUGGACAGCCUUUUGACCUUCAGACAUUGCUGAACACUAGCUCUCAUCAGUGCCAGCCUGAGUGAUUGACAGUGAAGCAGAGAUGGGAGCUGUAGAGCAACAACAUCUGGGAAGAAGGACAGACUGCCUACCCCAGUGUAACCCAUUAGUAUUUCAGUAUCAGCUAACACAUCCAGUUUGAGAUGGAGACAUCCAAGUCUUCCUAGUUCCUUUUAUUUGUAAUAUUCUGCCUAAUAUUUGUGACAGACUCUUAUCAACCUAAACUGGAGGAGGCCUGCUCAUGGGAGAAAAUUAAAUAGAGUAGCUUCAUAAACACUGUCAUAUUUAAUUCUUUAAUUGAUGACAUGCCCAACAAGAUAACAGUAGCCCAAAUCCUGUUGCUUAAUGUAGUAAAUUGCACUAGAACAGGGCCACAGAAUCAAUUCCUCUCUAAGUUUCAUAUACUGAAGUGGCCCUAUUCUGUGACUUACUCUGCUAAAGUAAGCCAGAGUUAGAGAAGAUCUGUUUGAAUCAAUGGAACUUACAGAGCAGGUGACUCACCAAGCCUUAUUGAUUCAGUGGGUUUACUUUAGUGCAAUUUACUCCACUAAGCAACAGGAUUUUGGCCAUUGGCACUCAUGAUAAGCCUGCUUGGAAUCCUGAAAGUCAACUUAGGCCCUGUUCUUUCCAUCUGGAUUAGCAGUAAAGCUUGCUUUAGUUUUGUGUGUUACAAAGGUGCUAUUUUAAUUAACACCAAUGUAGGCCCAUGUAUAAUAAGCAAACAGUAAAAGUUACUUUGAUUUAGUUUUUUAAAACAAUAUUUGGUUUGGUUAACUAGCAAUAAUGACUUAGUAUCUUUAGUCACGUAGUAAGAGCAGAAAUUACUUAAAGUGGAAAACUGGAAAAAAAAUAAACAGUGCUUCAGUUUUUAAAACCUAAUACUUAUUAGGUGCUUGUAUUUUGUUUCCAGGCUUUUGAUCAGUAUGAUUGCUCAGAUGAUUUACGGAAGCUUGUGCCAGGUAGGAACAUUGUGUACAGUUGAAUUCUGCACCUAGCACAAGCAUAUCCAGUAAAUUCAACAUAGGGGACACGAUUUUGCAGAAAGAAGAAAAAAGGUGUAUUUUGAUAUGGAAAAACUCUCAUAAACAAGAGAAGGCCAUAGGCGCUUCAGGCAUUAAAGCUGAGCAUAUGGAUUCACAUGCAUUCUGUUGAUGCAGCUGUGCAAGUGCCUCACCAUCACUGACUCUUAUUUGACACACCUCACAAUGGUAGAAUAUGAAACAUGGGAGUUGUCAAAAUUGUUGCGUAGUUAUGCAAAAAGCAUCAUCUUGAGAUGUGAAUUGCUAGUUUUUAAAAAAACCCGUUAUAGACAUUAUCCAUUCGAUGGUGAGUCAUUCAAUGCUGCAUGCAACAGAUAUGCCAGUAAUUUGCCACAAAAAAGUUGUGCCUUCUGUGUAACCACACAGCAUGAUUUUGGCCAUUGUGUCAAAACCAUCUGGCCAAAAACUCGUAAAGUGUGCACCUGUAAAUUUUGUACAGGUGCACUUCAUUUCAGUGGUGCUUGUAUAUGGGAAAUUCUUCUCUGUUCCUGGAAACAUAAUAUGGUUAUUAAUACAUUUCCUCUCUACUCUUUCCAGUUUAUUCGCAAGUAGCUGUUAAAGACUAGAGCAGAAAUAUGUAACCAGCUGACAUGGAAAUUGUGGUCCUAAAAAAAGGGUACUUAAAAAUCACACUUCUUAGAAGGUGAUCCCUGUUUAGUUGUAUCUAAAAUGAUGUUUUGUUAUAAUACUGUCCUUUCAUGUUGUUAAUAUGGUAAUUACUGCAUAAUGAAUAUGGCAGUCUCCAUAUUUUUUAAAAAAUGCUAAAAGUCUCUUAUUAAACUAAUACCAAACAGC